CCGAGAGAAGGGGAAGAAGAAGAAGAAGAAGGAAAAAAGACGAAGAAGAAAAAAUAAAAAGAAGAAGAAGAAAAAAUAAAAAGAAGAAGAAGAAAAAAGAAGACGAAGAAGAAGAAAAAAGAAGACGAAGAAGAAAAAAGAAGACGAAGAAAAAGAAGCCGAAGAAGAAGACGAAGAAGAAGAAGAAGAAGAAGAAGAAGAAGAAGAAGAAGAAGAAGAAGAAGAAAGGAAGCAGAGAGGGAGGACCGCAAGGCAUACUGGGUACGGAGGCCUAGCAGGGGCAUUUAGUAGUCUCUGUCCAUAGACGAUAAUAACAACAAUAAUGACGACCGUGUAACGCUGUUAAUAAGGUGAACGGAUCGUCUGCCUACAGUCUCUCUCGGAGGUUAAGGGUCAUCUCCCUGGUCAGAGUUUUGAUUAAUAGUCUGUAUGGAGGUAAAUGUAUGUAUAUAUAUUUAAACGAUAUCGCAGCUAGCCCACCAGGGAGGCAACCAUCAGUUAGGUCUUACCAUCAGACAUUUAAAAAUACUCUGUCAAAGAUGCCACUUUUUGGAAACACCUUUAGUCCGAAAAAGACACCUCCCCGAAAAUCUGCUUCUCUGUCCAAUCUUCACACGUUGGAUCGUUCAACAAGGGAAAUAGAAUUGGGCCUUGAACAUGGAGCUCCUGUGAUGAACAUUGGGGGCCAGAGCCUGAAGUUUGAAGAUGGACAUUGGCUAUCAGAAAAUGGGGGGAAUGUGUCGAGUAAGGAAGUGCAGAGGUGGAAGAAGAGAAAUCUGCAGCUGGAGGAGGAAAAUAACCUUUUGAAACUGAAGAUUGACCUCUUGUUGGACAUGCUGUCAGAGACAACGGCAGAGUCCCACCUGAUGGAGAGAGAGCUGGAGGAGUUGAAGAAUCACCAUCGGAGGAAAAAAUAAGGGAUUUGAUCUGACCUGGGCUCUGAAUUGAUGUUAUCUAAUAUCUUGGAAAGGUUCUCUGUCUGCAUCUGUUGGUGCGUUUAUCUGUUAUCAGAGUGGAGGUUCUGAGAUUCUGUUCUGAGAUGAGUUUUAUCCCUCUUUGUUGACAAAUGGAAAGAUGUAAGAUGAAGAGGAUUCAUGUGACUCUUGAUCUUAAUCUACUUCAUGGGAUUAAUUACAGGUCAUUGUCCUGUGUCCGUUCAUUUAAAAUAGGACAGGCAAGUAGAACAGUAUUUAGUAGAGUUUUGUAUGUGCUGUAGUUUUUUAAAUGAUGAUUUCCAUGAUCUGAUACAGGUGAAUGUACGAGUUUAACACGAAACUGUUUCUGAGAAAAGGGCAAUGCAAAGCCCCUGCAGAUGAUUUGUGAAAUGUCUUGAUUAUUUUUCUACUGUUUGGUACAACAAGUUUCAAAAGCCUAUUGCAUCUUAAAUACAUGCGUCAUAUUUAUUUUCUACCUUUAAUAAAAUGUCAAAGCCA